UCUGUUUGUCUAUAUGCGUUUUGGUCAGCGACCGACAACUCAAGACUAUGACCUCAAUGCCACUAUCUCUCAUGACGAAAAGUGUGUUUGGAUGCUAAGUGAACAUGACAAAAGCGAAGGGCAAACAGUCUGCUCCUUGAAUCCAAAUGCGACGAUAAAGGUUCUGGCUGAGCGUCCUGGUAAAUACUUUCUUGGCUUAAAAAAUUUCAAUGCCACAGUGAACUUAUCUCACAAAAGGGAGAAAAGAUCUUGUCUUGGUGGAAGGCGAAGGAAGCGCUCCUGCGUCGAAGUGAAAGAUCCACCACCCACCCCACCCCAGAAUGAAAAUGUCCCUGUGAUGCCAGUUUAUGAUUCCACAACAGACCAGAACUACACUCUGAAGGUGACCUUGGGUAGUUGUGUUUACUGGUCAGAAAAAAUUGACAAGUGGAUAUCAUCUGGUUGUCGAGUUUUAUCAGAAUUAGAUGGAUUUUUAAACUGUAGCUGUAGCCACUUGACAUCAUUUGGGGGAAGUCUUUUAGUUGAACCGAAUCCCAUUGACUUCGACAAAGUUUUAGUCGAGUUCCAGCAGUUAUCAGAAACUGGAAACAUCGCAGUAAUUGUGGUUAUUGCGGUGAUUUUAUUGUGCUAUGUGACUGUGCUUGUUAUCGUGAGGAAAUUCGACGAGGAAGACGCGAAAAAUAGGGAAUUACCGAUCCAACUUUCAUCAUCUUCAAGCAGCACCUAUGAAUAUUUCAUAGUGAUUACUACAGGGGCUUGGAAAAACUCGGGCACGACUGCUCAUGUUGCUUUGGAGAUUUACGGUUCUGAUGGAAAGAGUGGCAUUCUCCACCUUAGCCAAGAAGAGCCUGAUGCAGUUAAUACGUUAUUCUCUCGAGGUAAUUCAGAUGAUUUUGUACUUUAUGUUGACAAAUCACUUGGUGCGAUUCAAGGGGUGCAGAUUGGACAUGAUAAUUUUGGAGAUAAUCCUUCGUGGUACCUCGAAGAAAUUCUGAUUCGGGACGUACAAUCCAAGCAGUCGUGGAAAUUCAUGGCCAAUCAGUGGUUUGCUCUUGAGCGCGGAGAUGGACGCAUCGAGCGAGUAAUCGACCAGAACUCAAAUCCUCCGGAUUUUGGCGAUGAAGUUGCAAGACGUUGGCGAAGAGGGCUCGCGGAGUGGCAUAUUUGGGUUUCAGUAGCAACCAAGCUAAGAAAAAGUCGCUUUACAAGAGUACAGCGGUUGUCUUGCUGCCUCUCUGUGCUUUUGACAUCCAUGUUUGCUAACGCGAUGUUCUAUAAGUUAGAAGGCAAAUAUGAACAUCCUAUCCAAGUCGGACCGCUGAAAAUGUCGUGGAGACAAGUGGUGACUGGAAUUAAAAGCGCGCUUGUUGUGACACCCAUAAACAUUGUCAUAGUUUCUCUGUUUCAAAAAGGCGCUGAAAAGUCUGCCACGAACAAUGACUAUUGUCUUAAAGGUACCCUGAUUUUUGGUGUUGCUUGGUGUUUGUUAUUUUUCUCUUGUAUUGUUUCGGCUGCGUUUUCAAUUUUCUACAGUCUCAUUUGGGAAAAGAGUGUCAGUGAGCAGUGGCUGUCUUCAAUGCUCAUCUCAUUCGCGCAGGAUGUGACAAUCAAGGAACCAGUCAAGGUAUUCUUCACAGCUUUAACAUUCGCGGCCAUUUUAAAGAUAAAGACUGGGUACUAUAAGAAACAUUUUUGGGCACUGAAAUUAUCAGAGGUGGAAGAGUCGAGGAGACGACAAGCUAAGAAACAGAACCUGGCACGUUAUUUAACAGAGUUGGGUUUAUACUUGGUCUUCGUUUUCUUGCUUAUGGCAGUGUGCUAUGGAAACAGAAAUGACUAUCGGUACUUGAUGACGAAAUCAAUCCGAGAUGGACUACCAAACUUUGACAAGGUGACAAACAAUACAAUGUACUGGAGCUGGUUACAGCGUGUUUUCAUCCCAGGAGUGUUUUCCAGCAGAUGGUACAACGGUCAAAGGGAUAAGCAAAAAAUUUAUAUUGGUAAUAAACACUCUCUUCUAGUCGGAAUGGCUCGAGUAAGGCAACUCAGAGUGAAAGCGACGCAAUGUAAAGUCCUAAACUAUAUGGAAACAUCGCAAUGUAAAGUCCUAAACUAUAUGGAGACAUCGUUCCAAGAAUGUUUCAAGGUAUACUCGACGAAGAACGAAGAGAAGACCGCCUACUACAAACCAGGCUGGAGGCCUAUCGACAAUACUACGAUUAAUCACGAGUUAUUACAACUUUGCCCGAAGCCAUGGCGAUAUCAACAUGCCCAAGAAACCGACACUACACCUAGGUGGGGACAGUUCUCCUUUUAUGAUGGAGGAGGAUUUGUAGCAGACCUCGGUUAUGAUAGCCAUACGGCAUUCAGCCUAUUAACAAAUUUACAAAACAACGGUUGGCUUGACAGGCAAACCAGAGUUGUCCUGGCAGAGUUUUCGACACUCAAUCCGUCGGUAAAUAUUUUAGGUGUUGCUACAUACUUCUAUGAAGUUGAUGCAUCUGGACUGAGAGCAGCCUCCAUGCAAACUCGUGUUCUUUCACUUGAUUCUACAGGCACACCCUCGCAUCAGUUUUAUUUGAUUUGCUUGUUUCUGUGCAUUCUAUUCAUUUUUCUGUAUUUUGGAAGAGAAACUUUCAAACUGUACAAUCUUCGUUCUCGAUAUUUCAAGUCAAUGUGGAAUUGGGUCGAGAUAUUCCAAAUUACUUUUUCUCUGAUUUCCGUGGUGAUGUACAUAAUGCGACGAAAUAGAGCAAUUUCAAGCAUAGGCAAACUGCAUAAAAACAUUUACGCAAAUCUAAGUUUCCAAGAAGCUAUCACUUGCCAAGAGGUAGAAAAAGCCGUACUUGGAAUUCUUACUUUCAUCGUCACCACCAAGCUGUUGCGCAUCAUUCGCUUCAACAACUAUGUUGCUCUAUUCUCCACAACGUUGAAGAUAUCCGCGCGAUCUUUGUCAUCGUUUAUCAUUGUUUUAUCCAUUUUCUUUGUAGCAUUUUUGCACUUCGGUGUCUUGAUGUUUGGCUCUGUAUGUGAGCGCUACUCUUCGGUGCUGAAAGGAGCUUAUUUCCAGCUCGAGCUAACUCUUGGUCGAGUGAAAGCUAGACCAAUCAAUGAAUUAGCGGAGGCUAACACCAUAUACGCCAAAAUAUUCACCUUCUUAAUUCUCUUCACUCUUACUAUUCUGUGCAUGAACUUCUUUAUCGGCAUAAUCAACGACGCUCUUUUGUAUGCAAAGAACAACGUGAGCGAAAGUGAGCUGUAUGAACUUAUCAAUGAGAACCGUCGCUCGAGCCCAAAAGAAAGAAAAGAAUUUUAUGAUGCAAUCAGUAAUAUAUUGAAACAGUCGAGAACCUCCAAAACAUCAGCAGAAUUGAAGGACAAAGAAUCAGGAAACGUUGGCCUUGACCCCAAGAACAGUUCCAAUCUCAACUUUGAUUUAAUAAGUCAACCUAUCAUAGCUUGGAGGAAGAAAAGAUCAAGAGAAACAAUAGAUAAACAGCAAUGUAGCACAAGAAGACAAGCAUUGUUCGACAGGAUAAGCAACACGUUAAAAUCUCUGAAAGGUGAAAGCAAUGACGACUGCAGCAAACGUAGAGAAAAAAAGAAAGUAAGAUUUCAAGAGGAUGUCGUCGAGUCUUCCCUCUUUAAAUUACGUAAGAGAGAACAUGACCUGUUACAGCGGCUGGAGAGUAUUGUUUCAGGGUUCACAACAGAAGACGAAGAAUUUGAUUAUUUAAAAAAAAAAGCAGAGGCGCAUAACUACUAA